CUCAACCGUUGGAUCAAGACCCUAGGCAUUCGUGAGAUCACCCAACAAACCCACACCAAUACAAUAAUAUGAAUAAAUAAACAUUAAAGUAUAAGGAUGGAACCGUUUAACGAACUCCAUACAAACCAAACCAUUUCAUGUGUUGUGUAUAAGUUUACACGCAUAUGAUCGUCCUGGUCUUAGAAUGGGCAACGCAAUCGGCUCCCGGAAGCUGGAAACGGCGGCGAUGGCUGUCGGAAAAGUUGUAUUAUCCGACGGAAGAGUACAAAACUUAGAGGAAGAGACGACUGUAGCUGAGAUCAUGCUGGAGAAUCCGCAACACGUCGUUGUGGAAUUUGAUCCUUCAUCAAUAACAUUCAACAAGGACGGGAAGACGGUGAAGAAGAAGCUGACUCCUUUACCGGCGGACAACACACUCGAGCCGGGGAAAAUCUACUUGGUCCUCCCGGCCAAAAGAAGCGGUAGCGGCGGCGGAGCUAAGUCAUCAUCAUCGUCGGCGGUGAUGACGUCAGAGGAGAUACGUAAAAUGCUGUUUAGCGCCACGGCUAUGGUAAGGUCAUCGUUUAGCUACUACGAAGGGAUUCUUCCUUGGUUUACUACUAGAAGUUAUAGUAAUAGUAAUCCGGCGGUUGAUGCGGUGGUGGCUGCUACGUCGGUUGGAAAGUUGGAGGCAGAGACGGAGGAGGAAGGGAGGCCGGAGUUUUUGAGCCGGCAACUGUCGGGAAGAGGGUGGAAACCAAGCUUGGAUCCUAUCAAGGAAAAGAAAGCAAAGAAGAAAAUUCUUCAUCAACUGUUGUCGUUUUAGUUACGGCGUCGUUUCAGUGUUAUCUCUUUCUCUCCGUGUGUUGUUUCUGCAUGUGCUAUAGUCGUAAGUUGUUUCGUUACGUGCGUGUUUGUAUGUACGCCGGUCGCAAGAAACUCACGUGAUCCUCAAAACCAUCUUUUGCAGUUAAAAAAAAAAUUAAGUUGUU